CAUUAGCAAUAAACAUUUUCGGGCGGUGUCUGAUUAGUGGCAAUAGCCAUAUUGCUUUUUCUCAUACUUUUUACAACCAUUCUGUUGUUAUUAGUCUAACGGUAAACACAUAUUGUUUUAACACUAAAUGUAAAUGUAAAUAUCGUUUCCGGUGUAGUUGUAGCCUGACAGAAGUUGCAGACGGGGUCGAUUCAAAAGGGAGCGAGGUGUCUGUCUGUGGAGCAUCCUGCUGGGUGCACAGCGUGUCAUGGACGCAGUAAUGGAGGGUCAAAAGAACACCCUGAGCACAGGCAAAAUGGUGGCUCUAGCUGCGGGGCUCUCUGUCGGGGCCACAGUGGGCUACAUCGUCUAUCGCCACAUAAGCAGUGCCAACCAAACUGGUCAGGAGCCCAACACUGAGGUGUCCAAGGUGACACUUCCAGUAGAAGUUUAUAGAAACAUAUCCAGAUACCAGGCCAAGUUUUUAGACAUGGUGGCCGAGAAGUCCGGAGCUCGUGUGAGGAUUUUGCCGGAUUCGGGGGAGCCUGGAUGUAAGACGACCGUGUGUUUCCUGCUGCAGGGCUCUCAGGAGCAGGUCUUGUUGGCCCGCUGUGUCCUGGAGAACCUGGUCACUGACUGUGAACCCGUGACCGAGGCUUUGGAAGUUCCCCAGACUGCCUUCGGACGUAUAAUAGGCCGCGGUGGAGAGAGUUUAAAACUGAUCACCAGGACCACGGGGGCCAAAGUAGCUUGUUCCAAAGAGAAGACGCACGGUCCCGGGGCUAAGGGCCACGUGACAAUAGCAGGGACCAGACAGGAGGUGGAACAGGCCAAGGAGCUGAUUCUAGAAAAAGUCAGAGAGGACACGAUGGUGAGGACGAAGAUCUCGCAGUCAUCUGCUUUGCGGCAGAAACGCGGCCAUACAGCUGUGAAUCAGAGGCCAGACGGCACAGAGACAGAAGCCUCAGUGGGCUUGAACAACAACGGUCCCUACUCCCAGAAAGAGCAGAAUGGGCUUAUCCAUGCCAACGGGACCGCAGGAGAACAUGAAACUUUUUUUGACAAGAUCGAGGAGCUGAAAAUCACAAACACAGCCAAUAAGGAGGAGGAGGAGGAGGAGGAGGAGGAGAGUCUCUCUGCAGACUCUCUCUCUGAAAUUUCCAAGUUUGAAAUUCCCAGCCCAGACCUGAGCUUCCAGCCCGAUGAACAUCUAGAGGUUUAUGUUUCUGCAUCGGAGAACCCAAACCACUUUUGGAUCCAGAUCCUUGGGGUUCGGUCCCUUCAGCUGGACAAGCUGACAGAGGAGAUGAACCGCUUCUACAACAGUGGCAACCCCGCCGAGCAGAGGGUGGAGACCAUCGUGGUGGGAGACAUCGUGGCCGCCCCCUACCACGACCACGGCACAUGGAACAGGGCCAGAGUGCUGGGAGUGCUGGGCUCCGGACUGGUGGACCUUUAUUAUGUUGACUUUGGGGACAACGGGGAGCUGCACAGAGACAGCCUCUGUCGUAUGAGGAGUGACUUCCUCAGCUUACCAUUCCAAGCUAUUGAGUGCAACUUAGCCGGAGUGAGACCAAAAGGAGAGGAGUGGACUGAGGCAGCUCUGGAUGAGUUUGAGCAGCUGACGUCCUGCGCCUGCUGGAGACCCCUGCAGGCCAAACUCUGCAGCUACUCUCACUCUGACGUCUCCUCCUGGCCCAGCGUCAAGCUCUACGACAACAGUGAUGGCGAGACCGUAGAUAUCGGCGAGGAGCUGGUGCGGCUGGGCCAUGCUGUCAGCUACCAGGAAGUGGUGAACGGGAGGACCGAGGGCGGCAAUCUUGGCUGUCUACAGAGGAUGCUGGACGACGUGAUAGGAGCAUCAUCGGAGCUAAGUCUCUCCUGCAUCAGCUUAUCGGAAGCUGCUUCAAUCUCAGGAAGCGUCGAUGAUGUCUUAGAAGACGAGCUGCUCUGAGACCAAAGACAUAAAUAGAUAUCAAAGCACUGACCGUCCACUCCUCAACAUCAGUUCAUAUGAGAUGAAGGACACGUUUGCUUGUCUGACCCAAACCCAACCGCAUAAAUCCUCAUUGUGAAGCCUUACCAACAGUUAAUUCAGCCAUAUUCACGUCAUUGGUGUUAUCACAGUACAAUUCUUAUGUUUUGCCUUCAUGCUGUUCCGUUUGCGCUGCUCUGCUUAUGUGUCGUUACUUUAUUCCGUGUUCAAGAAAUGACAAGAACAAAAACAGAAAGCCAGUAUUAUUUUUGAAAAAGCACUGUGAUGAGUCGGUGGAAGAAGAAGGCAGCUGAUUUAGCUAAUAAUGUCAUUUAUUUUUCUCUCAACUUGUAUGUAUAUUAAGAUUUAAUGGCCUGUAUAUUUGGCCUGACAAGUUAUUUUAUUUUGGAAAUGAAACCAUACAGUAUUAUUGAAUUUGCUCUGCACAUUUUGUUCAGUAUACAAUACCUACUGGAUCUUUAAUUUAGGACAGAAGAAAGUGGUAGUUUAGCUUAAGAGGUGUAAAAGACUGCACUAUAUAUGAUAAA